AUGGCGGCGACUGCAUCAACAACAACAUCGCCAGCAGCAGGUUCCGCUUCCGCAAACGAAACAACAACGACAACACCUCUAAAAGAAAUAAAUGGCAAUGAGACCAUUUCGGAAAUACCGCCCGCGAUACCGGGCAGUAAAUUGGAUAAUCAAAUAGCAACGUUGCGUAAAGAAAUGUUUGGACUUCGCCAAUUGGAUCUCACCCUACUCUCACAACUGUGGGCCCUCAAUGAUUCUAUACAAGAAUUUCGCACCAUGAUACAGGAGAAUGAGCAAGAAGACGAUGAGACAUACUCGACCCAUUCACGUUCACCCUCACCCUAUGAUUCCGUAUCAUCCGACGGCGAUGAUGAGAUAUCAGCGUUGAAGGGUAAAAAACUCUUGGAUAUGCAAAAUGCCAAUAACAAUGCCAGUGUUAUUACAACCCAACCGAAAUUAACGCCUAAAUCCUAUGGCUCAGAAAACGAAACGACCACUAAACAACUCGCCAACAAUCGACAAUCAACAACGUCAAGCAUCGGUAGUAGUGUUGGUGGUGGUGUUGGCAGCGAUAUGGCAACAUUCUCCGAUCAGAGGUCCCAUUUGAUGAAGCCACCGUUGCCAAAACCGCUGGAUGUCAAGCCUGUUCCACGUAUGCGUAGUGCGCCACCACCACCACCCACGCAUCGUAAGAGCCAAAAUGCACCGCCCCGACCCACAUGA